AUGGGUCAACAGUCUAUUCUCCGCUUUUUUAGUGAUCUGUCCAAAAGCCCCGCCAAGACCACCAAAAGAAAAUCUUCGCGUGAGCCGUCUCCUGCCAGCAAGGCCAGAAAAACCAAGAUCGAGGACUCGCCCAAUGUUGCUGCAAACUCGUCAGAAAACCCCGAAGUCUCGACGGAGCCUGUGUUAGACCCUGCAGACUCGCCGGGCCCGAAAAGCGUCAAAGAAGAGGCGGAAAAAUUGAUUGAAUUGUCGGAGGAAAACCAUAAACACCCGAUUCUUGCUCCCUCCACCACCAAGAUUCCGUAUGCCAAGCUCACUGCCGUUCUCGAUCGCAUCGAGGCCGAGCCGGGCAGAUUGAAGAUGACCGCCAUAGUGGUGGAGUUUUUCACCGAGAUUUUGGAGCAGUUCCAGUCGCCUGACGAAUUGGUGCGUGUGGUGUACCUCUUCAUCAACAGGCUUGGGCCGGAUUAUGAGCCCGACUUGGAGCUUGGCCUUGGCGAAACCAUUCUCAUCAAGGCCAUCGGAGAAUGCUACGGUCGUGCACCGGCCAAGAUCAAAAAGGAUUAUCAGGAAGUGGGAGACUUGGGGCUAGUGGCUCAGCAGUCGCGGUCGGGCCAGCCUCCUAUGUUCAAGCCCACUGCUCUUGAUGUCGACACGGUCUUUGAAAAUCUCACCAAGAUUGCGAAGUCCACCGGCAAGGAUUCCCAGUCGAGAAAAAUCUCCAUCAUCAAUAAGAUGUUGACGUCCUGUGACAUGAAGAGCAGCGAAGCAAAGUUUUUGAUCCGCUCUUUGGAGGGCAAAUUGCGUAUAGGCUUGGCCGAAAAGACUGUCUUGGUCAGCUUGGCCCAGGCGUUCUUGAACCACGAGAACAAAAGCGCAAAGCGCAUCAACAGCGACUCUCUCUCAAAGGCCGAGGACGUGAUUCGCGAGGCGUUCUCGUUAAUCCCAAACUACGAAGUCAUUAUCCGGAACGCCUUCCAGUAUGGAAUCCUCAACUUGUUAGACCACUGCCAGCUAACGCCCGGUGUCCCGUUGAAGCCCAUGUUGGCCAAACCCACUAAGUCCAUUGGCGAAGUACUCGAUAGAUUCCAAGGUGAGGAGUUUACCUGCGAGUACAAGUAUGAUGGGGAGCGUGCUCAAGUGCACCUUCUUGACUCGGGCGAAGUUCGCAUCUAUUCCCGGAAUUCGGAAGACAUGUCCCAGCGUUAUCCCGACUUGGUUUCAAUAGUAAAAGACUUCAUCAAGACUUCUGACGAAACAAACACAGGCACGCCCAGAUCCAUGCUUUUGGACUGUGAGGCGGUGGCUUGGGAUCGGGAAUCCAAGAAAAUCUUGCCCUUCCAAGUUCUAUCGACUAGAAAGAGAAAAGAUGUGGACGAAAAGGACAUCAAAGUCCAUAUUUGUUUGUUUGUAUUCGAUGUUUUGUGCUUCAACGGCGAUUCGCUCAUCACCAAGUCCUUGCUGGAAAGAAGACAGUGUCUUUUCGACAACUUCACCCCGAUCGAGGGCAAGUUCCAGUUUGCAACUUUCAAGAACUCUUCCGACUUGAAUGAACUCCAGUUGUUCUUGGACCAAUCAGUCAAAGACUCCUGCGAAGGUUUGAUGGUCAAAAUGCUUCACGGGGCUGAGUCCUUCUAUGAACCAUCCAAAAGAUCUAGAAAUUGGCUCAAACUCAAGAAAGACUACUUGGCAGGUGUUGGCGACUCUCUCGAUCUUGUCGUUGUGGGAGCUUACAUUGGAAAAGGCAAGAGAACUGGCUCGUAUGGAGGCUUUCUUUUAGCAGCAUACAAUGACGAUACCGGCGAGUAUGAAACGACUUGCAAGAUCGGAACAGGCUUUUCUGAUGAAGACUUGGCCACUUUGUAUGCUAAGCUCAAGCCCACCGAAAUAUCGGCUCCAAAGCCGUUCUAUGUCUAUGACACAACAAACUCUAAUGCAGUGCCCGACGUGUGGCUCGAGCCAACAUCCGUGUUUGAAGUUUUGACGGCUGAUCUUUCUUUGAGUCCCAUCUACAAAGCCGCGUAUCUGGAAUACGGCAAGGGUAUUUCGUUAAGGUUCCCCAGAUUUCUCAGAUUGCGUGAUGACAAGGGAGUUGAGGAUGCCACAACGUCUUCUCAGGUUUCGGAGUUUUACCAGAGGCAAACAAAUGUGUCCUAG